UGAAAUAAAUUGGGCGUCUUCAGCUGCAUCCUGACUCCUUUUGGCCUUUGGGUGCAUACGUUGCGAGCGAGAAGAGGGUGCCAGUAAUGCCAGGAUCCCCUGUGGAAGUAAAACUACAGUCAAGAUCGUCUCCGUCUAGCAUGCCUCCACUGCCUCCUGUCAACCCUGGUGGACCCCGGCCCGUCUCAUUUACCCCAGCAGCACUACCCAAUGGGAUGAACCAUUCUCCCCCUACACUGAACGGAGCACCAUCACCCCCUCAGAGGUUCAGCAAUGGGCCUGCCUCCUCAUCCUCAUCCUCACUGACCAAUCAGCAGCUCCCAGCCACCUGUGGGGCUCGACAGCUCAGCAAGCUGAAACGCUUCUUGACCACCCUCCAACAGUUUGGCAAUGACAUUUCACCGGAGAUUGGGGAGAAGGUCCGGACCCUUGUUUUGGCAUUAGUGAACUCUACAGUGACAAUAGAGGAGUUUCACUGCAAGCUUCAGGAGGCUACGAAUUUCCCUCUCCGUCCAUUUGUGAUUCCAUUCUUAAAGGCCAACCUUCCACUUCUGCAGAGGGAGCUGCUGCAUUGUGCUCGGGCAGCCAAACAGACCCCGUCCCAAUACCUGGCCCAGCAUGAGCACAUCCUGCUGAACACAAACACUGCAUCCCCAGCUGACUCUUCGGAGCUGCUGAUGGAAGUGAAUGGAAAUGGAAAGAGGCAUAGUCCAGACAGGAGGGAAGAAAACAGCUUUGAGAGAGAGCCGCUUCCGUCGGAGCCGCCUGCCAAGAGGGUGUGCACCAUUAGCCCAGCACCUCGGCACAGCCCGGCUCUGAUGUUGCCUGUCAUAAAUCCAGCUGGGCAGUUUCAUCCUACUCCACCCCCGCUCCAGCAUUAUACCCUGGAAGACAUCGCCACCUCCCAUUUGUACAGAGACCCAAGCAAGAUGUUGGAGCACAGGGAGUUACGAGAUCGACACAGUCUAGGAGGAUUAAAUGGGGGCUAUCAGGAUGAGCUUGUGGACCAUCGCUUAACAGAGAGAGAAUGGGCCGAUGAAUGGAAGCAUCUUGAUCACGCAUUGAAUUGCAUCAUGGAAAUGGUAGAGAAGACCAGGCGUUCCAUGGCUGUUCUCCGCCGUUGUCAGGAGGCUGAUAGGGAAGAGCUCAAUUACUGGAAGAGGCGAUGCAGUGAACCCACAGAGCCACGGAAAGGAGGGAGUGACCUUACAGUGAGACAACAUAGCCCAGGGAGCUCAGACUCCAUUAGCAGUGAUUCUCAACGGGAGUUCGGUAGUAGGUCAGGAGCAGCCGGUUAUAUGACUGAAGAGAUAUGGAAAAAGGCUGAAGAAGCUGUGAAUGAGGUGAAGCGCCAAGCCAUGUCUGAAGUCCAAAAAGCUGUAGCCGAGGCUGAGCAGAAGGCAUUUGAAAUGAUUGCAUCCGAGAGGGCCCGAAUGGAGCAGACCAUUGCAGAUGCAAAGCGCCAGGCUACCGAAGAUGCUUUCCUAGUGAUUAAUGAGCAGGAAGAGUCCACAGAGAGCUGCUGGAACUGUGGCCGCAAAGCCAGCGAGACAUGCAGUGGGUGCAACAUUGCUCGCUAUUGUGGCUCCUUCUGCCAGCACAAAGAUUGGGAGAGGCACCAUCGAAUCUGUGGGCAGGGCUUACACAGCCAGAUCAAACCAGUCCCCUUACCAGCGGGACGGCCUGCGGCAGCCACCCUAAAAACAGUCGACGGGAUAGCCAGCCCAGCUCUAGAGAAAUCCUCGGCUACCACCUCGCGAUCGUCUACUCCAGCUUCUGUGACAGCAAUAGACUCGAAUGGGCUCUAAAAGAGAAGACGGCGUUCAGCACAUUUUAUUAGUUUUCUACAUUUUAAAAAAAUAAACUCCUCAAAACCUUGUCAAAA